AUGGAAUUCUGCUCCGCGCGGCUCGCAGUACUGCAACUACUCCGUACGGUGGCUCCGGCGGACCUCCCAGCGCUUCUGCAGUGGAUGCGAACUACCCGAGAUUUUGAUGAAUUCACUCAAGACAAUAAUGAUGUUAUAUUGAAAAACAUAGCAGAAGACCUUCGGAAUUGCUUACCUCUAGAAACCAUGCUUUCCUCAGAACAUCUAGCUCUCCAAAAAAUACAGCAGCAGCCAGAACCCACAGUUCACGUUGAUGCAUUCCUCUAUGAUGAAGACUUUAUUGAUUCAUUAUGUGAGGAAGGAAAAAUGAGCAGAAACUACUGCCUGGUGUGCGGCUCACAUCGGACAGCACCUCUAGGGUUUAUUUCUCAUUCCUUCUCUCUCAUGGAAUUGAAAUUCAUUUAUCAUCACGUACUCCCUGAUCUGUCGGGAAAGGUCUUGGUUGACGUUGGCUCCAGGCUUGGCACCGUCCUUUAUGGGGGUUAUCUUUACAGUUCAGCAUCACAACUGUAUGGAGUAGAACUGAAUGGAGACUUUUGCCAGUUGCAGGAAAUGAUCAUAAAAAAGUAUCAGUUCACUGACAGAAUAAAGGUGCUUCAUGCAGACAUUUGUACACAAGGUUUACUUCUGCAGAAUGCUGAUGUUAUUAUAAUGAAUAAUGUCUUUGAAUAUUUUCUUAAUGAGACAGAACAGGCCAGAGCCUGGGAAUAUAUCUGCCAUAAUGUAAGGAAACAAGGGUCAUUAUUGGUGACAGUACCAGGCCUGGAAGAUUCUCUCUCGGGUCUUCAGGUUAAUAUACAGUUAUCUCCUUGGGUUGAAGAGAUACCGCUGAACUAUGAUGUAUUCCCAGAAAAGGAUAUUGACAGAGAAGCUCUUGAACAAGUACAUUUAUAUAAGAUUCUCUGA